GUCCCAUAUCACUCAAGCGGCGCACAAACUCUGUGGCCUUGCCUGGCCAGCAGAGUCCCCGCCCGCCCUCGCCUCUCCGCCAUCCUCCACCGCCGCUUUAUGCGAGCCCGGACUCUGAGAUACAGGCAGCGCUUGGUCUGCCUCCGUAUCCGUAUCCGUACCCGUGCUAUCAGACACGAGCAAUGUCCAGCUCCAUAUCAUCUUCGAAUCCUCGUUCUGCAUCACCCGCCAAUAGCGUCGUUUCACUAGCGUCGUCCAGGACAUCCUUCUCCUCCGCCUCGGGCUCCCAGAUUCAGCAGCAGCCCGAUCCGCAGGAGCCGCGUCAGCCCAAGCACCGCAAACAGCGGCUUUGGAGCACCGACCGCAAGAAGAUAUGUAUGUGCCACCGGGAUAACCCGGGCAUGAAGCAGGAGGAGAUCGCUGCCCGCUUUGGCGUCGAGCGCAGCACUGUCAGCAAGAUACUCAAGGAGAAGGACCGCUGGUUGAACGUCAAAGACGACGAGAAGCUGCAGGUCGCGAAAUGGCGGUAAGUCGCCUCGUCCGUGUCGUGUGCGUGCUGCGGUCUGAUGCCGUCGCCUAGCCCGAGCAAGUUCCCUGCCAUCGAACAGCAAAUGCUCGUUUGGCUCGGUAGGAACGAGCGCGUUGGGACGGUCUUCACCGACGCGAUGAUCCGUAACAAGGCGC